GAGAGAGAGAGAGAGAGAGAGAGAGAGAUUCUCUUAUCAUUGUUGAAUUUUGGUAGCGCGCACUCAAUGGGGUCGUUAACAUCCCGCGUCACGAGGGACCCAACCUGUGUGAUGCUUUAGCGCGCGCCCCAAAGACUUUAAAGCGCGCGAUUUCCACCUGUGCAAAUAUAUUCAGCCUCCGAUUAGCCGUGCGACUUCAAAACUUUGCGAGUUUGUCGAUUUCGGAGAGGACAACAUGAGUUCCUCGUUUCCAAAAAGCGAAUCCACCACAUCACUGAUCAAAUCCACGGCACCACCGACGCACCGGAAACCCGGGAACCGCGCUGACCAUCGCCACAUCGAGGAUUCAUGUUGGACCGAAGCGUGCGAUGCCACGGCCCGGAGACCCCUGUGCCAACCAAAACAAACCCGAAACGAAGGUGGAGGUGGAAGGAGAGGAGAGAGGAUCCAGAAUCAGAUCCAGGAUGGAUAUUAUCAGCAUGGAGGACCGGAUCGGCACAGCAAAGAACAUCGCAAACCUUCAAGGCACCAUACUAUUGACCUCCCGGUCCACGGGAAAUCCCGUACCAGCCGGACGCCUUCACCGACUCCAUCUCUCUCCAAGCGCUCAGAGGAAGCUGCGAUGUUCUUCGAAUCCAAGGACAAACAUCGGACCGGCUCGAAUCAAAGUCUCUCAUCCAAUCAUCCAGUUGCAACAUCAGGACCACUUCAGUCAGACAGCACGCGAGCGAGAGGGAGCGCGUACAGCGGCGCCCUUGAUGCAGACCUCCAUCCUAUAAUCAAAUCCGUGUUUGGACAGAACAGAGAGCUGAGACCAGAGGAAAUGGAUGAGUUACGAGAAGCCUUCAAAGAGUUUGAUAAAGACAAAGAUGGCUUUAUUGGCUGCAAGGACCUGGGGAACUGCAUGAGAACUAUGGGAUACAUGCCUACCGAGAUGGAACUCAUUGAACUGAGCCAACAGAUAAAUAUGAAUUUGGGAGGACAUGUGGACUUUGAAGACUUUGUGGAGCUGAUGGGACCCAAACUUUUGGCUGAGACGGCAGAUAUGAUCGGAGUGAAAGAGCUGAGAGACGCAUUCAAAGAGUUUGACACCAACGGAGACGGCCAGAUCAGCACAGCAGAACUAAGGGAGGCCAUGAAGAAACUGCUUGGGCAGCAGGUGGGCCACAGAGAUUUAGAGGAAAUUCUACGAGACAUUGAUUUGAAUGGAGACGGACAUGUUGACUUUGAAGAAUUUGUGCGAAUGAUGUCUCGCUAGACAAAUGUGGACGGAGAGCAAAAACUGGACUUCCUGCCUUCUGAAAAAAAUAUAGGAUGGAGGAGAGAAACAAAAGAAGCUUCACAAGAGGAACUUCUGGAAUAUGAACUUUGACCUCAACAGCAGGAAUGGGAUAACUCACGGAUGCUGUGAUCUCUGAUAUAUUUGAAUAGCACAGUUAGCAGAAUACUCGCAAUGGGGUCUUAUGCAAAACUGACCUAAUAUCAGUGCUUAAAUAGCAACAUUUGGCUUGCAGUCAAAACACUGAUUGAUCGACAUCAAUAUAUCCAGUUUAUGUUUUUUAUUCUCUCUUAGUCACAUCUACUUAAUGAAAGUAGAGUGAUACAGAUAUUGCAAUAACAUUGCUCUUUCGUAUUUAACAAUUGUAAAAUAUCAUUGUGAGAGUGUAUAGUUUCCCUUUACGAGACUCUGGCUGUUUUAUAGUGGUCUAUGAAAUAUAAAAUUAUUUCUCACAAAGAUUUUAUUUUAUAUAUUAAUGCACAAUGAAAGUUAUAACUGGGAAAUGCUGGAAAAACUUUGCUAUUGAUCAUAUGCUAUAUAUUGUACAAUAUAUCGGACCUAUGCACUGCCGUACAAUUAAAUACGUGUGGACAUAUUUUAAGGGAGACUCUUGCCAUAAAAAUGAAUAUUUAUUAAGAGUAUUUAAUUGCCCUUGUUUGCACACUGUCCUGCAUGAAAGCUAGUAUACUGAUGCAAAAAGUUAACACACUCGAGUUGAGACAAGUAGCAUACUUGCAUACUUUUGGUAUUGUGUAGUUUUGUCAUGUGCUUUAUUUAAAAUGCUGAGUUAGUUAAAAAGUCAAAUGAGCAUAUAUUUUAUUUCUCUUUGAGUGUGCAUGUGUGCGUGUGUGUGUGUAAGAGAGAGAGAGAGAAAAAGUUUUUUUUUGAUAUUAUCCUUUUGUGUGAAUUUAAAUUUGUCUAACCUGAGUUAUUUUGUGCAUGCCAAAACAACUUUUUGUACAUUGCAGAUUUCAUUAAAAACGGUGUUGUCUAACUGAAAAACUUCUU